AUGUCGUCCUCCAAUGUCUUCACCGCCAGCGCCAUGUCUUGGCCCUGCACUUCCCCACCACGUGACCUCGACGAGUCGCGCCUGCGCUCACCCCCACAACUGCUCGAGUCCAAGAAGCGGAGACGAACGACCUGCCACUCGGAUGAAGGCGAAACACUCUCUGAAGACGAUAUACCCCCUCGCGUACCUCUGUUCCAGUACACCUGCUCCACCAUCGUGACCUCGCCCGACCUCUCUACGCAAAUUGGACUGGCCGAAGCGUGGCGACCGAGCACCGUGCGGCGCCCGCCUCAGCAACCCUCCCGGUCACGACGCUCCUCGCCGUCCAUGUCUCGAAGCGGCUCGUCGACUCCCCUUUCCUCAUCAAUGUCAGCUUCACCUCGAUCAAGCCCGAUGACACGGAGUCCUGUCAUGCCCAACACUUCGGCCUUUUCGCGACACGAUUUUUUCAGAGCCGAGUCACUCUGCGCCGAGGAGGUCGGCGAGGACCCUGUCCAACCUCAGAUCUACAUCGCGGAGGAACAUGGUCUCUUCUUUGGCAACGGCGAUGAAUUUAUGAACAAGACGCCGAAAGAUGACACCUCGAGUUGGUUCGGAGUUCCAUGCAGUGGUGGCAAGCCGCUUCAACGCCACUUCCUCGCUCCCAACCCAGCGCUACCAGAUUUUUCACGCUUCACCUCGUACGCUUCCUCAUCGGACGACGAGACCUCUUCCAUCUCAAGUGGCGAUGUCUCGUGUUUCUCUUCACCCUGCCUCUCGGACUCGGCCUUCACCAUUGACCAAGAUAUGAGCGAGUGCAGCCUCACCGACUUGAGCACGUCGUGCAAGCCACUUUCCGAGCCCGAGCGUCAACGCAAGUUCUGGGCCUCCCUCUUGUCACCAACGUCGGACUACAUGCGUUCGUUCUCGACCCGUGAGAAGUUGGAUGGCCUCUCUCGUCAAUGCGCGGCUAGAUCGACGGGGGAUCGCAGUCCUCGUUUGGCGAAGUGGAUAGAGGAGGAAGCGAGGUCUCCCACUAGGAGCUCAGGUUUUGUUCGAUAA